GGUGAAACACUCUACUACCAGCUUCACUUACGUCGCAUCUCAUUGGCUGUCAACAGAGCCAUUAAUAUUGCUAGCCAAAUCGCCAAAGGAAUGGGCUAUCUGCACGCCAAAGGUAUUGUUCAUCGGGACUUGAAGACGCGUAAUAUUUUCAUUGAGGCUAACUCGAAGGCCGUUAUUGGUGACUUUGGCCUUUUUAACUUCGUACGUCUCUGCAAAAAGGCGAAGUGA